UUCAUCUCCCUGAGGGAGUUCCCGGCUGAGCGGGCAGCGAGCUGAUUGGGCGGCGCGGUGGGCGGGGCUUCAGAUCCCCGCUUGAGGCCAGUAGGAGAGGCGCUUGGGGAGCGGAGGCCGCUGGGGGCGCUGUGUCUGCACAAGGAGGGAGAAGUUUGGGAUGCAGAAGUUUCCAUGCCGCCAUUAAGCAUCCCGACCUUACAUGUAGAAGAAUCCAGGAGUUCAUCUGCUUAUUUGGAUCCAGCCUAUUGGCCAAUACAGGGCGCAGAAUAAGUUGGCACAAAACAGAGACUGAUGCCCCGUGACUCACAAACCAGAAACGGGGAUCACUCAGCAACCCAAACUGCGUCAGGUCUUCUUGUCCGAACCUUCUCCCUACAGCAAGACCUAAGGCAAAAGCAAUGGGAAAUGGGCAACAAGCCGACAGAAAGAGCAAACGAAAAGACCGUUCCUCAAAUCUCAAACUCCAGAAAAGUCCCACAAGGGAGAAACCUUUCAUGUGCCCAGAAUAUGGAAAACGUGUGUCUACAAAGCAGGGUCUUAACAUUCACCAGAAAGUUCACAAAGGGGAGAAACCCUUGCAACGGUGCUCUCUCCAGAAACCCGAAAACCAGAAAUUAUAUGUGUGUGUCGAAUGUGGGAAAAGCUUUCUGCAGAAAAGCAAACUCAAUAAACAUCAUAAAGUUCACACAGGGGCGAAGCCGUUCAAAUGUGCGGAAUGGGGGAAAGGCUUCGAUGGUAGGAGUGAUCUUCAGAGACAUCACAGAAUUCAUAUAGAAGAGAAGUCUGUCACUUGUACCGAAUGUGGGAAAUCUUUCUCUGAUAAAAGUCACUUUUUGACGCACUACAGAGUUCACACAGGGGAGAAACCAUAUACAUGCACAGAAUGUGGCAAAAACUUCUCACGUAAAAAUAGCCUUCAGCGUCACCAGAGAAUUCACAAUAAAGAGAAAGAUGAUGAACGGGGGAGAAAUCGAGGAGAGAAAUCUUUCACUUGUACAGAAUGUGGGAAAUCUUUCUCUAAUAAAAGCAACCUUUUGACGCACCACAGAGCUCACACAGGAGUGAAACCAUAUACAUGCACAGAAUGUGGGAGAUCUUUUGCCUAUAAGAGUUCCCUUUUGGCACACCAAAGAGUUCACACAGGGGAGAAACCAUAUACAUGCACAGAAUGUGGGAGAUCUUUUGCCUAUAAGAGUUCCCUUUUGGCACACCAAAGAGUUCACACAGGGGAGAAACCAUAUACAUGCACGGAAUGUGGGAAAUGUUUUUCUCAAAACAGUCACCUUUGGAUACACCGAAGAGUUCACACAGGAGAGAAACCAUAUACAUGCACAGAAUGUGGUGAAAACUUCUCACAUAAAAGUAGCCUUCAGCGUCACCAGAGAAUUCACAAUAAAGAGAAAGAUGAUGAACGGGGGAGAAAUCAAGGAGAGAAAUCUUUCACUUGUACAGAAUGUGGGAAAUCUUUCUCUAAUAAAAGUCACUUUUUGACGCACCACAGAGUUCACACAGGAGUGAAACCAUAUACAUGCACAGAAUGUGGGAAAAACUUCUCACAUAAAAGUAGCCUUCAGCGUCACCAGAGAAUUCACAAUAAAGAGAAAGAUGAUGAACGGGGGAGAAAUCAAGGAGAGAAAUCUUUCACUUGUACAGAAUGUGGGAAAUCUUUCUCUAAUAAAAGCAACCUUUUGACGCACCACAGAGUUCACACAGGAGCGAAACCAUAUACAUGCGCAGAAUGUGGGAGAUCUUUUGCCUAUAAGAGUUCCCUUUUGGCACACCAAAGAGUUCACACAGGGGAGAAACCAUAUACAUGCACGGAAUGUGGGAAAUGUUUUUCUCAAAACAGUCACCUUUGGAUACACCGAAGAGUUCACACAGGAGAGAAACCAUAUACAUGCACAGAAUGUGGUGAAAACUUCUCACAUAAAAGUAGCCUUCAGCGUCACCAGAGAAUUCACAAUAAAGAGAAAGAUGAUGAACGGGGGAGAAAUCAAGGAGAAAAAUCUUUCACUUGUACAGAAUGUGGGAAAUCUUUCUCUAAUAAAAGUCACUUUUUGACGCACCACAGAGUUCACACAGGAGCGAAACCAUAUACAUGCACAGAAUGUGGGAAAAACUUCUCACAUAAAAGUAGCCUUCAGCGUCACCAGAGAAUUCACAAUAAAGAGAAAGAUGAUGAACGGGGGAGAAAUCAAGGAGAGAAAUCUUUCACUUGUACAGAAUGUGGGAAAUCUUUCUCUAAUAAAAGCAACCUUUUGACGCACCACAGAGUUCACACAGGAGCGAAACCAUAUACAUGCGCAGAAUGUGGGAGAUCUUUUGCCUAUAAGAGUUCCCUUUUGGCACACCAAAGAGUUCACACAGGGGAGAAACCAUAUACAUGCACGGAAUGUGGGAAAUGUUUUUCUCAAAACAGUUACCUUUGGAUACAUCGAAGAGUUCACACAGGAGAGAAACCAUAUACAUGUAAAGAUUGUGGCAAAAACUUCUCCCGUAAUAACAGCCUUCAGUGUCACCAAAGAAUUCACAAUAAAGAGAAAGAUGAUGAACGGGGGAGAAAUCAAGGAGCGAAAUCUUUCUCUGAUAAAAGCAACCUUUUGAUACACCACAGAGCUCACACAGGAGUGAAACCAUAUACAUGCACAGAAUGUGGGAAAAACUUCUCACAUAAAAAUAGCCUUCAGUGUCACCAAAGAAUUCACACUAAAGAGAAACAACUUAAAUCUACCUCGAAGAAUCACCAAGGAUCUUCCACAGGAGCAAAACCGGUCACGGUUGUGGAACCUGGAAAACGCUACUCUUUAAGGACAAAGCUUGUCACGAUUCAGAAAAUUCACACAAGGGAGAGAAACCUUUCAUGUGUUCGGAAUGGAAAACAAUUCUCCAUGAAGGGUGUCCGCAGGAAUCGGUGCAUUCCCACAGGGGAGAAGCCAUUAUCGUGCAGAGAACGUGGAAAAGCUGUGUCUACAAAGGAACCACGUAAAAUUCAACGGAAAGCUCACACAAGGCAGAAACCCUUCACAUGUAAAUAACGUGGAAAAGGCUAUUUCAAAAACUUGCCAUCCCCAAAGGCGUCAGGCUACUCAUAGAACAGGGAUAGACAAUAUGUAUGAGCAGAAUGUGGGAGAAGAGAGCAACCUAAAUAGACACUAUAGAAUUCCCACAGGGUCAAAGCUUUCCUAAUGGACAGAAUGCAGGAAUUUUUUUUCUGAAAACAGCAGAAUUCGGCUUCACAACGGAACUUGCAGAACGUUUACACCAAUGUGUGAAGUCUCUUUCCCGAAGGAGCCACCUUUGAAACACCAGAGAGCUCACACAGGGGAGAAACCAUUUACUUGUACAUAAUGUGGGUAUAACUUCCCAAGAGAACUUGCAACAACGUGUUUUGUUACCUGUGCUAAAUCUUCUCCGGCGAAAGCGACAAAAAUACCUUUGUAAUAAAGUCACCUGGAGUUGUGGCAGUAGAAACGGCUUUCUUGUGUUAUCAUGUGACUUUACCGAAGGUGCCGAUUACACAAGUAAACUGUUUUACAAUGUACAAUUCCAAUUCUAGAUUCAAUAUAAAGGUAUUUUUGGAUAUUUUAUUACUGUACUGUAGACGACAGGGGCAACAAAACUGUGUGCCAUUGCCCUGCGCGUGCAGAAUGUGGAUAUGACCGGUGGGAGAAACCAUUCAUUUGCACGCAGCUUAGGAAGAGACGUCCAAUGAGAAGGUGACUUCUUCCACCCUUAUGACUUCAGGAGCAGCUCAGUAAGGUGGGGUUGGUGACUUUCUAAAUUGAUAUCUUAGUUGAUAUAUUUCCCCUACUGAGCAUGCUCCCUGAGCUGUACUGAAGUCACCGGGCCCCACUAAUUCAUACGUUGCUGCUGUUCCUCACAGGCUGCUGAGAAAUGUAUCAACUAGAGGUGGCCAUACACAGGCCGAUAUUAGCUGCCGAUAAUGGUCCUUAAGACUGAUCCAGAAGCUUAUCUGCCUGUGUAUGGGCACCGCCAAGUCAUUACUGUUUAUUUCAUCUUGCCCGACAGCCUAUCCUAUGGGACGGGGACUGUUUUGGCAUGUUGAUGCGGUCCUCUCCUGACGGGCCGGUGUCAUUCCUAUCAUUGGCCCAAUAUUGCUCAGCCCAAGGUGGCCAUAUGAGUGGAUGGUCUGCUCAUUUGGUGAGUGGAUCUUAAGAUAUGGGUUAUGGCCAUUGCUAGUCAUUGAUAUCGGGUUUGGCGAUUUGUAGGGCGUCAUGGGACCUCUGCAUGUGAGUUAGUCUGUUGGAUUUUUACCAUUAGCCCCUUUUAUUUCCUUCUAUGUAGUAAGGACGUGUGCUGUCUCCCCGGCACUUUCUGAUUCUGCCCUAUCAGAGUAACAUUUUGUAUUGUUCUGUUUUAUUUACUAUUUAAUAACUAAUAAUGUUCAAUUUUCCCUAACUGGGCGCAUUCACCUGUCCGUGCGUGUGUGUAUACCUUCUUGUCUGUUGGUUUAGGCGCUAAAGGGACAUCAGGCGUCUCACCUGCCAAUAGUUUGGUAUUUUGAUCUGAAAGGAUAAGUAAACCUUAAAAAAUGUCAUGUCAAACUGCUCAGGGUGCUUU